AUGGAGUGGAAGAAGGACAACAAGACUUUCCAAAUCCUCAAGGCAGCCGAGGAAGGCCAGUAUGGCGUGGUGGCACCAAUUGCCUACAACAUCGAGUGCAUCCUCGGCUUCAUCCGCGCCGCGGAGAAGAAGCGCUCCCCCUUGAUCCUGCAGGUCUUUCCCUGGGCCAUAACCUUUAGCGGCGGCCUGCUCGUCCACGCAGCCGCCCACGCCGCGCGCAACGCCAGCGUGCCCGUGGCCAUCCACCUCGACCACGCGCAGGACGAGGACCUCAUCCGGCACGCGGCCGCGGACCUGCCCUUUGACUCCAUCAUGGUCGACAUGUCGCACCACGAGAUGGACGAGAACCUGGCCAAGACCAAAGAGCUCGUCGCCUUCUGCAACCAGCACGAGGUCACCACCGAGGCGGAGCCCGGGCGCAUCGAGGGCGGCGAGGACGGCAUCGCCGACACGGCCGACCUCGAGGGCAAGCUCACCACCCCGGAGCAGGUCGACGACUUUGUCGCCACGGGCAUCGACUUCCUCGCCCCCGCGUUCGGCAACGUCCACGGCGAGUACAACCCCGCCCGGGGGGGCCCCGUGCUCGAGUACGACCGGCUCCGGAGCAUCCGCGAGCGCCUCAAGAAGGCGGCGGCGGCGAAGGGGCGCGACGUGCGCGUCGUGCUCCACGGCACAAACGGCUUCCCCGAGGACGUCAUGAAGAAGUGCAUCGCGGGCGGCUGCACAAAGAUCAACGUCAACAAGCUCGUCCUCGACGACUACCUCGCCCACAUGAGGGCCAAUGCCGCCACGCAGUCGCUGACGGCGUACAUGGAGCAGGGCGUCGAGGAGAUCCAGCGGCUGACGGAGUGGCAGAUGGAUGUGUGCGGGUCGACGGGGAAGGCGUGA